GGCAGCUUCAGGCUCUGGCUCUGGACUCCAGCGCAGCAUCCUCGCUGCAGCCGCUACCGCUGCUGCACCUGGUCAGGUGACAUUCACCAUCACUGUUUUCUUCUUUCAUCAUCAUCACCAUCAUCAACACCCCGACCACCACCAUCAACAUUCUCUUCCUCCAUCAGAGCUCUUCAAGUUCUGCAAAAGCAGACUCUGUUCAGGCAUGCCUGGUGGCAUCACGCUGUUGACAUCUCAAAGCCUGGAGCCUGCCCAAGCAAAGGUUGAUCUCGAUUGAUCAGUCCUGGACCAGUUGUACCAUGGGGCAGUCUCAUUGCUGGAGAUGACUGUCAGCUGCUUUCCCUGCGGAGCCACCAUCACAUGCCCCACCGCCGGAGCCUGGGAAGCUUGACCACAGACCAGCAUCUCCGAGGCAUGAAUAAUUAGGUAGGCAUAAUGGAAGGCACUCACUGCACCCUCCAAUUGCGUAAGCCCAUUACCGAACUCUGCUACAUCAGCUUCUAUCUUCCGAGGGGGGAAGUCAGAGGAUUUUCAUACAAGGGCACCGUAACCCUAGACAGAUCCAAUAAAGGGUAUCAUAACUGCUACCAAGUCAGGGAGGGGUCCGACAUCAGUAUCCUCAGCCUGCAACUGAAUGAACAUCCAGGCGACAUAUUUUUCAAGCAGAUUCCCACAAAAGACAUCCUAAAUGAGCUGUACAAACUCACAGCUGAAAGGGAGAGACUGCUGGCCAAUCUGCUGAGCUCAGACCACAUCCUGGGGAUUACGACCGGGAACCAGAAGGAGAAGCUGCCGGGGCUGUCUGUGAGCCUGGCCCCCGAGGACGACUGCUUCCAGAGUAACGGCGACUGGCUCGGGGAGCCCUCCGUGGGCUGCCUCAAUAAGCGGAGCUCCCACGGGAACAAAGAGGCUCAGAGGUUUGGCGGGAGGAAAGAGAGCUUGGAGGUGCUCUCUCACAGCUCCCCGCAGAAGUGGACAAGAAGAAAGGGGCCUGGGGGCCAGGAGUUGUCUCCUCAGAUGGGGAAGGACCAGAUCUGUUCCAGCAAUGUCCUUCCUCUUUUUCGAACAAGGCCUCAUCUUCAGCUCUUAGAGGAGAGAGGCAACUUGCUCCCAAAUGGGGCACCCACUUCUUCGCUCCAGAGGAGCGAGAGCUACCUGCCAGAGGGCCCCAGCACACUGGAUGCCGACCUUGGCUUGAGGAGCUUCAAGAAGGCUUCCAGAGAUGCCGGGCUUGGAAGAGGAGGGCUGUCCCCUGACUGCAGCUCCACAAAGCCAGGAAAUGAUGGUGCCAGGGGGCCAAAGAGGGGUCUUCGCAGGCCGGCACAUCUGCAAAUGGGUUCAUCUGGAAGUUGCAAGGAGCCUGAGAAGCAUCCGGAAAGGAGAGAGAAGUCUGCUGAGAGGACUUGCAGGAAGAAGCCUGUUUCCAGAGUGGUGGCCAAGGUCCAGGAUCUGUCUGCUCCAGUGCAACGAGUAGUUAAAACACAUCCCAACAGUAAGAAAAGGAUUGCCGUUUGCCCGGCAGCCCCAGCUGAGUUCAUACCCAGUGCAGACUUGCUCAGUCUCCCUGGAGCUGAGGCUGGGGCUGCAGGUUCCAGGUUGGGGGGCAAGGAGCAGCGAGGGGCCAGGUCCUGGCAGCCAUCUGCCCAAGAAUGUCCCCCAGCUGGCACCAAGGGGGCCGUGAACAAGGUCCUCCUGAAGGUGAUAGAGAGCGAGAAAUUAGAUGAAGCCACCGAGGGGAAAAGAUUGGGCUUCCCCUGCAGCACGGCAGCCACCCACACCCUCCAAGAAACCGGCAACAGGAGGAGAGCUGGGCUGCUUCUGCGUGGCCACAAAACCUUGUUUCUGGAUCUGCCCCAUGGCAUAGGCCCCGACUCCUUACCACCUGGAGGUGUUGAGAAGAGGCUGCCCGCCCCAGCCCUGGCAGCUCCCAGCACGGCGCUUAAUAAUUCAUCCUUUCCAUCCAGUGCGCACAAACGGGUGUCACCUGUUUCCUCGCCUCUGUCUCCCAGGCUGUCCAGCCCUCAGCAGCAUCACAGGAUCCUCCGGCUGCCUUCACCACUGGGGGAGAGGGAAGCCACUCUUGAUGACUCUCUGGGGAGGAAGAGUGGUGCUUUCUCUGAGUCCCCCUCUGCUGACACCUUGGAGCCACCGUCCUCUGCAAAGGUCACGGAGACCAAAGGAGCCAGCUCGACCUCCCUCAGAGCGGGCCAACCUCGGUUGGUGCCUGGGGAACCUCUGGAUAAGACCUUGGGGCCCAGGAAGACCACAGCUCAGCCCCGGCACCGGUCACCUCCAGGCAUCUCCUCUGAGGGCUUUCCCCGGGACCGCUUUAAUGAGCAGACGGCAGCUAAAGACCUUCUCAGCAGAGAUGGAGGUGCCUGGGUCCUGGCCUACAGAGCAGGGCCAGCCUGUCCGUUUCUGCUCCACGAGGAAAGAGAGAAGCCAAACAGAAGCGAGUUGCACUUGGAUCUUCAUCCUGACCACAGCCCCACUGAGCAGGAUGAUAGGACUCCUGGCCGACUCCAAGCUGUCUGGCCACCCCCGAAGACAAAAGACACAGAAGAAAAAGUGGGAUUGAAGUACACUGAAGCAGAAUACCAUGCUGCUAUUUUACAGCUGAAGAGGGAGCACAAAGAAGAAAUCGAAAACCUGCAGACUCAAUUUGAGCUUCAAGCCUUUCGUAUCCGGGGUGAGCACGCAGUGACCACAGCGAGACUAGAAGAAACCAUUGAAAAUCUCAAAUAUGAGAUAGAACACCGAUGGCGGGGAGGAUGUGAAGAGAUGAGAGAUGAGUGUGUCUCCACUGACGAUGACUGCCCUCCAAAGUCCUACAGAAAUGUGUGCAUCCAGACAGACAGAGAGACCUUCCUCAAACCCUCUGAGGGUGAAGGCAAGACAGCCAGAAGUAACCAGAUAAUACCCAAAAAGCUGAAUAUCUCCUCUUUAAGCCAACUCUCUCCCUCAAAUGACAACAGAGACACCCACGGACCACUUCAGGCUGCGGAAGGCAUCUCAUCGAGUCAGCAGAAGGCAACGCCUGCCCCUCCUGCGCCGCCCUUGCCGGCUAUCAUCCCGCCCCCUCCCCCCCUCCCACCUGGACUUGGCCCUUUGCCCCCGGCACCUCCACCACCACCUAUGAGUGCUGGGCCGCUGCCGCCUCCACCACCUCCUCUGCCUCCAAGUGCUGGACCGCCCCCACCCCCUCCGCCCCCACCGCUUCCUGACUCCACCGCCCUGCGCAGCAGCAGGGGGCCUCCUCCUGCUCCAGCGCCCCCACUUCCUCCUGGCCUCUUCUCCGGAGUCGGCCUUUCUUCUAGCCAGUGUCCUCGGAAGCCGGCCAUUGAACCCAGUUGUCCCAUGAAGCCUCUGUACUGGACUCGGAUACAAAUAAGUGACAAGAGCCAAAAUUCUGCACCAACCUUAUGGGAUUCCUUAGAAGAACCUGACAUUCGGGAUACUAGUGAAUUUGAGUAUUUAUUCUCCAAAGACACAACUCAGCAGAAGAAAAAGCCUCUGUCAGAGACCUAUGAGAAAAAAAACAAGGUCAAAAAGAUCAUCAAGUUAUUGGAUGGAAAGCGAUCUCAAACUGUGGGAAUAUUGAUAUCCAGUUUGCAUUUAGAAAUGAAGGAUAUCCAGCAGGCCAUUUUCAACGUGGAUGACUCUGUGGUUGAUCUAGAGACCCUAGCAGCCUUAUAUGAAAACAGAGCCCAAGAGGAUGAACUGGUUAAAAUAAGAAAGUAUUACGAGACAUCCAAAGAGGAAGAAUUGAAGUUGCUGGAUAAACCUGAGCAAUUUCUGCACGAGUUGGCCCAGAUCCCUAAUUUUGCUGAACGUGCCCAGUGCAUCAUCUUCAGAUCUGUCUUCUCUGAGGGCAUCACUGCCUUGCACCGGAAGGUAGAGAUCAUCACCCAGGCUUCUAAGGGUUUGCUGCACAUGAAGAGUGUGAAGGAUAUUUUAGCUCUCAUUCUGGCUUUUGGAAAUUACAUGAACGGAGGAAAUAGGACUCGGGGCCAAGCAGAUGGAUACAGCUUAGAAAUUCUGCCCAAACUCAAGGACGUCAAAAGUCGGGAUAAUGGGAUUAAUCUGGUGGACUAUGUUGUGAAGUAUUACCUGCGUUACUAUGAUCAGGAAGCAGGAACAGAAAAGAGCAUUUUCCCCUUGCCUGAGCCACAAGAUUUCUUUCUGGCCUCCCAAGUCAAAUUUGAAGACCUUAUAAAAGAUUUGAAAAAACUGAAGAGACAACUAGAAGCAAGUGAGAAGCAGAUGGCGGUGGUGUGUAAGGAGUCGCCGAAGGAGUAUCUGCAGCCGUUCAAGGACAGACUUGAAGAGUUCUUCCAGAAAGCAAAAAAAGAGCAUAAAAUGGAAGAAAGUCACUUGGAGACUGCACAGAAAAGUUUUGAAACAACAGUGGGAUAUUUUGGGAUGAAGCCAAAGUCUGGUGAGAAGGAGAUCACACCCAACCACGUGUUUAUGGUGUGGUACGAGUUCUGCAGUGACUUCAAGACAAUUUGGAAACGGGAGAGUAAAAACAUAUCUAAAGAAAGGUUGAAAAUGGCUCAGGAAUCAGUCAGCAAGUUAACAUCAGAGAAGAAAGUAGAGACGAAGAAAAUCAACCCCACGGCUAGUCUGAAAGAAAGACUGCGUCAGAAGGAAGCCAGCGUGAGCUCCAGCUAAAACAGAGGCACAGAGAAAUGACGAUGGCGAGACAGAGGACCUCGCGUGGUCCUUUGUAACACCAGUGCUACAGGAAGUUCUUGAAAGAUAUGUUACUAAUAUGUGUCUUUUGCUCCCCUUUCUGAGGUCAUCGGCAGUGAGCACCUCGUGCCUUCUUAAGGAAGCCUUGUUAAACCAUAAGAACAGUGAAAAUCUGCUGAUGGAAACAUUGCAGGAUUUUUGGGAACUGUUUGUUGUAGAGGUCCAAAGUCCACUCUGUUAUAAGACCAGAAUAAACACCAAGCUUUUCCAUUUCUUUUUUUUUUUUAAAGCAGAGAUAUCAAGCUUUCUAACCCAGGCCUGAUAUAUGUAAACUUGUGAUAGAAGAAGAAAAGGGUCUUUUUUUGACGAUCGCCUUGAGCAAGUUCAAGCCUUGGUCUGGACACACUGCUGGUUUGAUUACUGAUCUUAGUUUUCACCCUACCGCAGCCAGAUCCUGACGUGCCCUCCUCGCCAAAAAUGUUGAAAUUUACUAAACUUUUUAAAAGAGGUCCAAGACUAUGUAUUUCCCAGACUGGAGGAAUGGAUAUUUUUUCCAUUUUUUUUUUCAUGUAAUAGAAAAGACAGAAAAUGGAAUUAUAUGUGGGUGGAGAAGGGCAUUAAAUAGCCAUAAACUUCAUCCUGGAGAACAAAGUAUGAUACAGGGAGUUGACAUCAGCCAUUAGCAAGACCCGUUCUUUUGUUUUCAUAUCAGUUCAUUGUGGUUUUCUGGAUUCUCCACCCCUUCUGUCCCAGAAGAAACUGAUACCUGAGCAGGGACAGACUUAGGGUCAAAGCACUUGCUUGGACGAGUGACCCAGUAUCAGUCAGGGCACAUUUCACAUCUCCAGUCGUUCGUGUGUGGGUGAUGCCACACUGAUCUACAGCUGAGCUGUACGCCAUGUCCUGGGACCAUGUGUGGCUGGACCUCUCCCACCAACUCCAAGAGGCAGUUUGUAGACAGGAGAGCAAAUGCUACUCACAGCCUUUUAUCAUGACCUUGACUGACAGGCAAGUGACAUACAGUGAAGCAGGGGUCUUUGAUGUCAAAAAAUAAUUCAGGGCAGAAAAAAAGUUCUUUGUUCCAUCAAAAUGGAAAGAAGGUAAUUACGUUGAUAUCGAACUUGGAGUGAAAUAUCAUUGCGUAAGCAGCUUUAUCUGACCCUGGAAGCCCGUGUGACCACUACCCCUUGAGUCACAGGGAAACCACCUUGGACUGCUCUCCUGACACCAUUACCUUCAGCCACCACUCUUCACAUCUGUCUUGCGAGGGGAGAAGAGAGGAGACUCAGGGUGAAUUGAGAUGAGGAUCAAAGUCUAUCAAGUUUCAACCUUGAAGGGAGAGAGGUCCAAGCUUUCUCCUCUGAUUGGCAGAGGACAGUGUGGAGAUGUGCAGGAACCUUAAAACCCUCCCUGAUCUGGCUGCCACAUGUGGCCUGCCUGUCGCCCCAGCACCUUCCCAGACGCUCUCACCUUUCCAGGCACCUGAGUGUUCACCCAGAACAUGCCUGCUAGACAUCAGCCCCCUCAGGGACCCCAGAAUAGAUUCAGCCAAUUAAAGCAGCACCGUGUCCUAACACCAUGCCCGUCCUGGGAGUCAAGAAUGCACAGUCAGGGUCAGAUCAAGUCAAGAAGCCAUAUUCAUGUAGGUGCUACCACCUUUUCUGACAACCCAAAAGAAAAGAACAUAAUACUGUGGUGUGGUUUCUUUUUUCCGCCCCCAAAUAAAAGGAUAAGACAAGCCAGCCCAGAAGAACCAGUAAGAACUUACAUGACUAGAAGAAGUUGCUUGUGAGCAAGCUUUUCAUAUGGCCUUCUUAGAUCAUUUCUCUUCAUUUUCACCGAACUGUGAAGAAAGCCUAACAAAUUUCUCAAUUUAAAACAAAUGCUCCUUACAGCCGCCCCGUGCUCUGUGACAUUCCUUCUAGUAUUACCGUCCAAAAGAAAAAAAACGCCUGUUUUGCCCAGGCCUUGGGCAUCAACUUUGAGCUCAGAGAACAACAUUAAGUCUAGAUCCUUUUGAGUCCUUAAAGCCUUGAUGGAAGACAGCAGCAGGCGGCUCUCAUUGGGAUCCAUGAAGGCCACUUCAGGUCUCUGAGUAGGAUGCUCACAAGAAAACCACUGGACAGAAGCAGGACUGUCACUUUGGCCACAUGACCCUGCAAGACCAUGCUCUCAGGGACCCAGUGCUGAAGAAUAAUGAGUGCAAACACUGAGUUUGAGAAUUAGACAAGUGCAGCCCAAGUUGGGUUUCAUCCUCGUGGACAGACUAGAAACUGGCAGUAAAAUACCUAAAGGGCGCAGCUUGCCUACCUCUCUGCUGGGGAAGCCCAGCGAGUCCAGUGUGUGUGAGUGUAUUAAGACACCGUGGCAGGAUCCCCACUGUCCUCACCCAGUUUGUAUCCUGCGUUGUAUGUCUGGACGCCCCUCCCGAGUCCACACGUGGACUACUUUGGGACAGCACCCUCAUUCCUAACUUGAUGCCAGGUAAAGGUUUACAAGAGUCUGCUCAAGGUGGGCUGUCUAAAACAACCUUCAAGCACUUAAAACGAUCCCUCCCAAUCACAGCUGAGAUUGUGUUAACUGCAGAGGUAUCUCUGAGCUUCUCACGGGGAGGAAGUAGCUGGGGUAGCACUGAGCACCUUGGGCACUUCUGGCCAGCAGGGUCGAAGUGGCUUUUCCAAGCACAGCCCUGCCUGAGCGACAGGGACAGUGGCCAGUAUUUCUACUGUGUGUUUAACCACACACUCACACUUGACUUACGAGUCCGACUCAGAGAAACCUUAGCUUAUAAACAUCAUCAUCUCUUCCUAGCCAAGACUCAUUAAAUCUGAGGACACGGCAGAGAGCAGUUCGGAGUCUCGCAUGAGUAACUGGCAUAGGCAUCGAGCACACAAGCACAUCGUGUGCUGCACGGAAGCCUGGUGCAAACACGUUAGGCUAAAAACAGGCCUGUGGGGCAUCAAAAAUCAGGUGCGGAGGUGUGCUGUGUGGCUUUUUAACUCAAAAAGAGGCAGCUUACAGGAGGGAGCGUGGUGAAGGGGAAAGAUGGCCAAGAAGAAAUGGAUGGUACGAUGAUGGUAGAGGCCCAGGGGUCACAGGUUGGGGACCUGCUGCCCAGCAGUUGCCUUCUGAAUCGUUGGGUCGAUGUCUGUGUUGUCUCUUUAAACAUUCACUGCAACCACCUAGGAACUAUGAAAAAGAGUUUCUGAAAUCUGGGAGGUAGAAUUAGGAGAUCCAGUGGUGCUCUUCCAUCUUUAAAUGUUCUUGCUGCAACGAAUUGGCAACGUGGUUGAGGAACAGAAUGCCAGACUGGGUGCUGGUCUCCGACCCCCUCCUCUUCCCAGUAAGGACAGUAGAAGCUACACACCUGCUGAGCCUCUCUUAGGUACCUCCUUUUCUCAUAAGGACCAUAAGGAAAGGCAUUUCCCUAAAUGAAAUGCUCAUAUGCUGCUGGUAGAAAAACCGGAAAAACUAAAGGAAGGAAUAAAACUCUUUGAUACUGGAAACCUCCAGCCAGAUGAAGAAGUCAUCGGCAUGGUCCUUCCAAGACCAUGACCAGAUGUAGCAAGAGAUGUGUAAGUGGAUUUUUGGCAAAGGUUUCCCUGUUGGACUGGGAUUGCGUCUCUCUCUCUCUUGAUUAUACUACUAUAUAGAGGAAUUUUCAUUUUAUUCCUAUUCAGGCUUUCUCAGACAUCGUAUUUUCUCAUUUCUAUUUCUACUUCCUUCUUGCCUUGUGUCAUUGGUGCAGAUCAUUGUAUACGGCAGCCCGGCAAACAGUGCCUCGUCAGCCAGCCCUGAAGAGGGAUUAGCAGUGCAGAUCUGUGGGCUCUUUUGCAGGAACCAGACUAUAACGUUGGCCUGGGAGGCACUUCAUUCCCUGACAUUCAGACUAUAACAUUGGCCUGGGAGGCACUUCAUUCCCUGACAUUCUGAUUGAUCUCUUUUGUAGUACUCCCCACCCCCCCCCCAAACAAAGAGAAAACCAGUUUGGGGCUUUCUGUGUCAAGGGGAAGGAAGAACUUCAAAAAAUAUAGUCCCCCCCCCAAUAUCUAAUGCAAAUAUCAAAUAUCCAAUUUUAUAAAUUGUCUAAAAAUUGCUAACAAGAACUGUUAGAUGUGAGCUUCAUUUUUUUUUUUUUUUGAUCCUGCCUACCUGUUCUAAUCAGAAAGAAAAAAAAAAAUGACCAAAAGGUGGAAGGGAAAGAAAAAGCAGCAACAGAUUUGGCAAUCCACAAAUUAAUUACUUCCUGAACCAUCAGAAGGCGGGGGGUACAUACUGUGAAACCCAGUGUUGUGGAAGUCCGAGGCGCGUAAGAAUUUGCACAGCUAUGAGGGCUGAUGAGUGUAGACAAAGUAAGAGCUGUCUAAUGCCCACUUGAGAUUUCAGCCUAAACCGGGCGAUUUUUACUGUGUAUUCAAGAGAGUCAAGUAUUGCUUUGAACAGUUUAUUUUUGGAAAAGCCACAUACAAGGAGAAGUGCUGUAAUUUAAGUGGAAGCAGUGCUAGACCAUUAUAAUUUCCUACCUCUGGUUCUCUUGCAAGAGCAGUUUAUAAAUGUAUGGACCAUCCAGAAGACCAUGAAUACCCCUUUUCAUAUGUUAAGUUAGGUUUGUACCUUAGGGACACAACUGAAGAGAGUAGAUUGAAUAAAGAAAUGAGUUUCAUUCAUGUCAGCUACUUUGUCAUCAUAAAGAAAUCUGCAGCCCAGGAGAAAUGAGUCUGUGUGGCCCAACUUAACAGUAUUUGAAAGGAAUGGCUAGUUUUUAACCUUUCCAAAAUGCUUAUAACUUGUUGGACACAUUUCCGUUUUCCAACUCUGGAGAGAGACAAUCUGGCUGCUUGGAACCUUGUCUGUUAUUGGUGCAGAAGUCACUUAAAGGCACCUUUAAAAAUAGGCCUCGGCAGGUCUGGCUCCUUUAGACUCACAGAACGGUAUUUAUAACUCCGUUAGUGAGUCAAGGCAUCGGUGGGCUUAGUGACACAGCUGUAUGUGACUGAGAGGCUCAUUCUGUGACAUUUCUGCACACCCGUCAGUUGUUGACACCUUGUUAGAGCCCCCAAAUAGUAUUUUCACAGUUGUCUGCUUCCCCUCCCAAGGAGUGGGCAGUCUCCCAGACCCUCCCAGAUGAGUGCUUUGCUGGGAAGCAGUGGAUUCGGGAGAGAUUUUAACGUGUCAGACUUGAAGCCAGUUCAGUAUCUUAUUUGUUCCAAGACCCUUAAUCAGCACUGUGAUAUAAACUUAGCAUUUGGGAAAUGUGUGCAGUUGACAGCUUACCUGGAAAUGUGACGAUAAGGAAAUGGCAGCGAGCUACCUGUCUCUUAAGCCCCUGUGCAGUUUCUACCAACAAAGAGAUGAGGGAAGCCAAUGGAGCCUCACUCAGUCGGUGGUCCUGUCCUCACCGCAGCUUACUGGAGCUUACUCUUCCUCUCUGUCCCCAGCCCCUCUCCCAGCCACCUUGGUGGUAAACAGUAACACAGAGGACCUUUUUUUUCUUGUCCUUCCCUUCUCUAGUAUGACGGUUUGCUUCAGUCAGAGCUCAAACGAAUUCUUACAUAUUAUGUCUGUGAAGUACUUGUUGGUGAAUAUCUUCUUCAUGCUAUGAUCUGGGGGAGACUGAUUUAAUCUCGUUUUUUUUUUUAUAUGAAAGCGGUCGCCAAAGCCAUUAAUCUAUUCUUCUGCAUUCCAGCUAUGCUCAUAGAACUUGCUAUUUUUUUAAUCUCUUAAAUAUGCUAAGAAUCUCCAGUCUAUCUCCUUUUCUGAAAGCUGGUUCAUAGACUUCUGUGGGCUAUUUGCUUUUUAUGCUUUUUGUGAAAUUUGAUAGCACUGGGCUAGCCGAUGAGCCCACAAUGUUCCACAGAAAUUCACCUCCAAAAAAUUCGGCCUUCUUCCCCAUGGAGGAAACAACCUUCUGUCACCCUUAGGCUGUUUUGUAGGAUGAGCAUUUCCCUAAAUUCUAUCUGUGUAGACACUAAGGGGUUCUCAUGUUUUUAAAACUGUCCGAGUAUCUUAAAAGAGGGUGAAUACAUCUCUCCUAUACAGUGUGAGCUGCCGGUGUGUGAUUUAUAGUUAGCGUUAUCAAGUAAGAAAUGAGUUGUUUUCAUUCCCAGUGGUUUGUCAACAUCUUUGGCAAAGUUGUACAUACUUUGCUUCAUUGUUCUCUUCCAGGGCUUGCUUUGAUUCUUGUCUCAUGGAACAAACGUGUUUUUGUUGAUUCCUCUGGGUCUGCUUUUCCGAAAUGAGAGGCCAAUCCUGUAGACCACUGAGCGUAAGGGGAAAUGACUCCCUACCUCCGCGUGACUAGGAUGGGUGUGUUCAGGAAUGCACAGCUCUCUGGGAACUCUCGGGGUGGAUUUUGAAUUCCAUGUUUCUGUAAGAUGUAUAAAAAUGGGUGAAUGGCAUACAAAGAUUGUACUAUUUUCCCCAGCAAGAGAUUAGGGGGUUCUGAAGCUUUACAUUUUAGGUAGGUUUGAGUGAUGUAUAUAGAGCUCAUUUUUUUCCCCUUCUUCUUGGCAACCUGUCCCUAGCUAUCAUCUUAUUUCUUCACAUCUGACCACCAAGGCAUUAAGAAGGUGGUUUCACUUUGCAUAAUUCUCUAAAGAUGUCCAUUUCCUUUGGAAACCAAUUCAUAAGUAAAGGAAACAGUCUAGUGACAAUUCUCCUCUCUGCCCAGGGUGACACACAGGAUUUAAGGUUUACCAAAGGGAUAGGACUAUUUCAAACAGUAAUUUUAUAAUUCUACAAUUCUUCAAUUUCCCAAGACAAAAAUAAUAUGACCCUACUGUUAAUAGGAUGUAUAAUCUUUGAAGAGUAUAAGUAUUAAGAAAAAAGAGCUUCCUUUAAAGAAAAUAUCUAAGAUAUUCCUAAAAAGGCAGAAACUUUUAGAAAUUGAAUACUUCUUUAAGAUUUCUUUAGAGAAAACAUGUCCUUGAUUCAUCGUAGUCUUUCCCUGUCAUUGAGUUUUAAUUUAGACUAACAUGGUGAUUUAGGGCAUCAUGCUUUGGCCUGGAAAACCCACACUGGCCUGCAUGCCCAGAACCUAAGUGAAAUCAGUCAGGGUCCUAAUAGGAAUCAGGCUUAACAGAAAUGUCAAUUAUUUCAAGUCCUUUAGGGUUUAAUUUCCUUAGCAACAUCCUGGACCCUGCUUCUGAAAAUUAACUUGACCCACGCAGUUAUGUGUCUUCAUUUUACCUUGUGAGACUACGGGUGAUGGGCUGAUGGAAAAAAACACAGAGGCAGGAGAGAAGGAAAACUUGAACAAGGGCAGGGUGCAGUGUUUUGCUGAUACAAUGCCUGGUUAGGGAGCUGGUGAUCACUACUGUGGCUGCAUCAUGGGCAGCCUUUCAAAGGCAGCUCAAGGCACGUGUACAAGGGCGAUGUGAGUGCCCCGUAUCUCGUGUCGGUCCAUACCUGACAAUGUGCUGGAAAAGCAGGGAUCCCAGUGAAACUGAAAUAACUCCAUCAAAUUUCAGAUCUACUUCCAUGGGGUCAGUUGUCCAUGGAGCUCCCUGUUUCUUCUAUGCCUGUUUAAAAGUCCCUUUGGCAUCCAGCCUCCUUUCGCUUUUUUCCUUUCAGUCUUCCGAAUCAGCCUCCUCUUCCUUCGUACCCAACAGCUAUUUUUCCCUCACUUUACCUUUCCAGUCUCUCCAGGACCCAGCUUUCUCUGCCUCUCUCCCCUACAGACACCUGAAUGUCCCCCUGAGCCCUCACACCCUGUGCUCCGCCCUGCAGCCCUUUGGACAGGGAGCGCUGCUGUCACCAAGAGAGACACGGCGGCGUGAGUGUGUCUCUUGUUAAUGUCAGCACCACCUCAUCACUUAGGCAGAGGGGAAAAUCCAUAAAAGAAAUGGAAAAUACAUUUCUUUUUCUGUUUUAUUCUAAUUUAUUUUAAGGAGGUUGAGGGGACGGUGAUUCCAGUCUUUCUCGAUGUCUCAGAGAUUUUUUUACUUUAAAAUUGUCUAAUUAGGGACUAUUCUUCUGGUAAGUGAUAAAUCAGUCCAGGUCACCAGCUAUGAUGCAUAAGACUCAAGUUUUGAAUCUCAAGUAACUUUUCUGUGCUGCUGGACAAAGCGAUUUAAUUCUUUGCAAACAUUCUGAAUCACAGGCUUUUUAUUACCAUUUGAUUUUUACUACUAACCAUGAUUCAAACAUCUUUGCGAAUCUGGAUCAGGAUGUUGACAAUUUGUGGUUAUUUUCAGAUCGAUAGUAACUGUUACACUUGUGAAAGCACUUAAAAGUAAGUACUUAAAAGGAAAGUAUAAGCAUGUCUUAAAUAGUCAACCAUUUGACCUGGGAAAAAGUUGAUUUUCCUAUUUUAAGUAUUAGACCGAUCUGUGGGUGUAAUCUUACAAGGAUUUUAAGCAGUAAUGAAGACAGUUUAAGAAAUGAGAAGGCACUUUAAAGACAUGAAACCUUACAUUACAUGCUCUUGGGUAUUUUUUUAAUGUAAUAAGCUAAUUGGAUUCAGGUAUUUUUUCCCUUUAAAUUUUUAAAAAUAUGUAUUUCUAAUUUGUUUGCAUAUUUAAUUUUGUCAAUGCUGAGAAAUGCUCACUAGUUGAAUCUGUAAAUGUUACUUGUGACCAAAUGAAGUAUUUAUUUUUAAAAAGAAAGGGUGAAGGAACCAAUAUUGAUUUGUACAUAAUGAAAAUAUACAUGUGUGUAUAUAUAUAUUUUUUCCUCCUUGACACUACUUGGUCCCCACAUCAAGUAUUUUUGUACAUUAAUAUAUAUUGGUUAGAAAAUGUAGAUUGUCUAUUCAAAGAAUUCUAUCUCUGCGAUAGAUUAUAUUUAUCCCAACCUAUUGAUAACUCUGUUAAUUUAAGAGACAGAACUCUAUUUUUUGGAAUUUGCAGAGAACAACAUUCAUGGCUUCCAACUGUAAAUAUGCUAAGGGUAUUUUAAUAAAUCUCGGUUUCAUGUC